ACCACGACGAGAUGAAACUCGAGACUCUGACCCUCGUUUCAGUGCUCAUAGGCCUCUUCUGUGCGGUGCUCCAGUGCGGCCAGGUUCAAGCAAUAAGUGAAUGUCCCAUUCCCAAUUGCGGUCGUUGUGGUCAGGCAAUGUCCUUGAUGACUCACAAUCAGCAGUGCCGGAAAGCGUUCCUCUGCAAGACCCAUGGCCGGCCAACGGGCCGACAGUGCACCGUCAUGAGAGAAGGGAGCUACUGGCGUUGCCAUGCCUGCGACGAAAUGCUCGAUGGACUCUUUCAUAGACGUUGCCUGAGGACCCAUCUCACUCCUCACGGUGGAAUAUGCGUUUCCGUAACGGACCACAGAGCUCUCCAACUUGCUAGACAGGAGAGCCUGUGUUACGGACCCGUGGUUAGAACAAAUUGAGUGCCUUGAAGUCGCAAUACAUAGUUGCUCUUGUAUAUAUCUCGGACGUUAGUAGUACUACCAUCGAACACCAACACGACAGCCGAUAGACCAUUUCACAGCCAGACUUGAAGUUCAUGGAUUCCAACAGGAGGAUCUCAUCUUCAUCUCUACUUGAGUGUCUUGGAAUGAUUUUUUUUUCUAGGAGAUCGGUCAGGCUCGAGAC